AUGACUUCCCUACUACAGGGAACCGAUAUAGGACAAGUAUCAGACUGGUUCGAAGAGCGCCCGACCAACAAGGCCAAUCGCCAGAAGCUCGCCCAGGCGAUACGCGAUAGAGUUUUCUUCUCCGGCGUCGACUGGGCUAAACUUCCUGGUAGCAUAGAGGUUGGCAGGGAAGUUCGGAUGCUAGAUUACGCAUGUGGACCUGGAUUUCUCAGCAACAUCUUCGGGCCGUACGUGUCUUCAAUCCAUGCAGUCGAUGCGUCUUCUGCCAUGAUUGAGAGGUACAGAAACAAUAUGAACGAGUUCGGUCCUGGCCACGGAAAGGUUGCGGCCAUUGUCGGAAACUUGUUGUCGAAGCCACCUGAACCCGCUCUUUUGGCUGAUGAAGAGUAUCACAAUUUUGAUCUCAUCACAGUCGGGUCAGCUCUGCACCACUUUCCAUGUGCAGAAGAUGCUGUUCGGCUUUUGGGUGGGCGGUUGAAGCCUGGUGGGGUGUUGUUCGUCCAGGAUUUGUAUAGCCAUGUGAGCAGCGAAGCUGUUCAGCAGUCAGGCCAAGUCAACCCCCCGCAAUACAAAGAGGGCGACAUGAAGAAGCACAUGGAAAAGGCUGGGCUGGGCGAUUUCAAAUUUGAGAUUUUACAGGAAAAUCUCAAGAUUGAGCUGCCGAGCGAAGAGAUGUGCCAGGUGCAGUGUUUCAUUGCCAGGGCAGCGAGGCCGUUGAGCUAUCAGGGUCAUGACGCAGGACUGCCCGCACCAUCGAAGCCCAGCCCACGAAAGCUCUUUGACGCUUUCACACCUAAACGGACCUACACCCCUACCCACACUGAAGACGCGAUACCACUCGCGAUCGACAGUGAAGCCCGACAGAAGACCCUCGCACCCGCCUCAUUCAUAGCAGACGCGUCUGCCCCGCCUGCUCCAGGGACGCCGCCUCCCCCACAUUAG